GGGAGGGAGAGAGAAGAGAAGAAUCUAAAAAGGAAGCAACAUUUCUAUUUCCUCUUCUUCAUCACUUGAAUCCACCAAGUCCUUCUCCUCACACACAUAAAAACAAAUAUCCUCCACUUCUUCUACCCCCAGCAGUAGAACAAGAGGUGCCGGAGCAAGUUUCGUCACGCCGGAACGAUGACCGGCGGCGGAUCCACGGGGAGGUUGCCGACGUGGAAGGAGAGAGAGAACAACAAGAGGAGAGAGAGAAGACGAAGAGCGAUUGCAGCUAAGAUCUACACUGGCCUUCGAGCCCAGGGGAACUACAAGCUUCCAAAGCACUGCGACAACAACGAGGUCCUGAAAGCUCUCUGCGCCGAAGCUGGCUGGAUCGUGGAAGAAGAUGGCACAACUUAUCGAAAGGGAUGUAAGAGACCCACGAGUGAGAUUGGAGGAACACCACUGAACUUAAGCGCGUGUUCUUCCAUUCAGGCAAGUCCACAAUCCUCGUCAUACCCGAGUCCUGUACCAUCCUACCAUGCUAGCCCAACCUCUUCCUCGUUCCCAAGCCCCACGCGCAUUGACGGAAACCACCCUUCUUCCUUUCUCAUCCCAUUCAUCCGCAACAUAACUUCCAUCCCCGCCAACCUCCCUCCUCUCAGGAUAUCCAACAGCGCCCCCGUCACCCCACCUCUUUCUUCUCCCCGAAGCUCAAAGCGCAAGGCGGAUUUCGACUCCCUCCGCCACCCUCUUUUUGCCACCUCCGCCCCGUCCAGCCCCACGCGCCGCCACCACGUUGCCACCUCCACCAUCCCGGAGUGCGACGAGUCCGACGCCUCCACCGUGGACUCCGCCUCGGGCCGCUGGGUUAGUUUCCAGGUUCAGACGACGAUGGUGGCUGCGGCGGCGGCUGCUCCUCCUUCGCCUACCUUUAACCUCAUGAAGCCCGCGAUGCAGCAGAUCGCUGCCCAGGAAGGCAUGCAGUGGGGUUCUGUUGCCGAGAGAGGCAGAGGAGGCUCCGAUUUUGACUUCGAGAAUGGCAGAGUGAAACCCUGGGAGGGUGAGAGAAUACACGAGGUUGGAAUGGAUGAUUUGGAGCUUACUCUAGGAGUUGGAAAGGCUUGAUUUGAUGAUGCUAUUGAAAUCAUCCCUUGCUUGGAUCUGCUACUACCCUCAGGGCAAUUGGUUCUUGUUAUGCUUAAUUUCUCUAUAUUUUUCCUUUUAUGUGUACAGUUUUUCAUUUAUAUAGCAGUUGUUAGGUGUUACAUUACUUGGAAUUUGACUUCAUUGUAAUGCCUUGUUAAUUGUUGGAAAGGUUGCAUUUGAAGCAAUCUUUGUGCAAGUGUUUUGAGACUCUUCAAUCUUGACUUACUAAGACCAGGGGAAACGAGGUCAUAUUCUUAAUUA